AUGGAUGAUGAAGGAGGCCUGGUAGCGCUACUAUCCCAAGAUACACAGCGAGAAGACUUGCUUGUUACUCAAGCAUACGCACAUCUCGACAGCAAAGAGCCAACCCAAAUCAGAUACCAAAUGCCUCACUGUCUAGUACUACGAGAGCACGAGUCGAGCCGUCGUUCAAUAAUUGGGCAAGCUAUAGUUCUGGGAGGAUGUUCGGCCUCUGGUGCUACUAUUGGCCCAUGGUUUAACUUGCAAUUUAAUUUCCGUGGCGCGUCUAACUUGACGAUCUCUUGGGGGCAGUGUCCCGCCUAUGAAGAGAAAGAUCUUUCUUUGAUGACUUGUAGUAUGGCAAUAGACCCGUUAGAUCUUAAGGUCUGCCGGAUCCCAUUAUUUUCAUACUCAUCUGAGGUGCAGCACAACACAAGAGGAAUAGAUAUGAAUUGGCGUCAGAGAGACUUGGAUUUGAUACUUGGACGGCGAAAAAUUAGGGAAGACCCAGCACGAGAUUUAGAAGGUAGGCCAUAA